UAGUAAAUUAACCAUAAUUAAAAAAUCCAGAACAUAUGUUACCACAAGUACUACAACCAAAUAGCUCACAAUUUUUUUUUUCCGACUCGUUUAAUAGCCUUCUAGUUCUAGAGAGGCAAAUAAAAUAAAGAAAAAGACCAUAUUUGUUUGGAUCAUAAGAAAUCUCCUCCUUUAUGAGCAAGUAAAAUAUUAUUAUUAUUAUUCCAUAAAAAAGACUGCCAAAAGAAAGAAAUCAAAGCAGAGAAAAAUGAAAAGAAAAAAAAAAAACCCCCCGCGUAACAUUUUCUUGUAUCAUCACCUUUUCAAUUAAUUCGGUUUCUAGAACGAGAAUGGGCCGAGGAAAACGAUCAAAUAAAAUAGGAAAAAAUGGAGGAAAAACAAAAACGAAAUGCUUUGAGAAAAGUCAACAAAAAUGCACGCAGAUCCAAUCCAGCCAGUCUACGUUCAAAGGGAUCGUCCUGUUUCCGCCACCUCCCCUGUUUCCUCUUCUUCUUCUUCUUCUUCUUCAGCUACUUCUUCUUCUUCUUCGUUUCCUUCUUCCCAUUUCAUCUAGAAAAGUCCCCUGAUCGGGACGCCGGCAAACCCCUACAAGACCCAAAAAACCAUUUCCCUUUCCUCUCCCAAUACUAUUCUUUCGCAUUUGUUUCAACAUUCCUCCGUUCUCCUAUUUUUGUCCUUCUAGGACUUCUUCUUCGUCUUCGUCUUUACCCCUUUUAUUAAUUUCUCUUCUGGGUUUUCCGAAAGGCGGAGAUAUCACAGAACUCCAACACACCCACUACUCGAUUUCUUCCCCCCACCUCUAUCUCUGCUCUAGCUCUUGGCCGGAUUUCAUUGCUUCUUCCGAAAGAUUCCCUGGCAGCCAGGAGGGCUCUCCUCUGUCCUCUGUCUUUUCCCUUUUGUCGGAUCCUCUGCUCCUCCAUUUCAUAAGGUUUUCUUUCUUCCCCUUCUCUCUCUCUCUCUCUCUCUCUGGUUGUAAAGCUCCCAACUUGAGCUUCUAUGGACUGAAUCUUGUGAUUUUACAUAGUGGGGUUUGGAGCUCCCCAGUUUUUGGAUGAUGGGUUAUUGCUGCUUUUCAGACAAUAGUGGAGAGAAAUCCUUGUCUAACUAUUUGGGUGCCUUUCUUAAUUCUUAUCAGCUCAAUCUUUCUUGCUCUGCUCCUCUCUGCUUUUUUCUGUUUUGAGGUUAUUUUCUUCCUUUUUAUCUUGAGCUGCUUUCCUUUUUAUGUCAUUUUCAAAGCAACAAGUAAGCGUACUUUAAAGCAGCUGCAUUUAACUCCACAACGCCUUCCUAAUUCCUUUCUGUUCCAUUCAGGAGCUCCCAAAUCCACAAAUUGAAGGCGAUCUCUCUGUUUCAGCUGCAUUUUGGGAAGAAGGAAUUGUUGUUGUUCAUUAAAUCAUGGGUGGUGGUAGAAAGAGAAUAAGAUUGAAGUUGAGCAGGCUGUACUCAUUCAGAUGCGGGAAAGCAUCGUUUGAGGAUGACCAUUCACAAAUUGGCGGCCCUGGAUUCUCGAGGGUCGUGUUUGCCAACGAGCCAGAUUGCUUCGAAGCUGGGAUCCGGAAUUAUGAUGAUAAUUAUGUCAGUACAACAAAGUACAACGUCGCUACUUUCUUGCCCAAAUCGUUGUUUGAGCAGUUCAGGAGGGUGGCCAAUUUCUAUUUCUUGGUCACUGGCAUCUUGUCAUUCACUCCUCUCGCUCCUUACACCGCUGUCAGCGCCAUUAUCCCUCUCAUCGUUGUGAUUGCUGCCUCCAUGGUUAAAGAAGCCAUUGAAGACUGGCACCGCAAACAACAGGACACUGAGGUGAACAAUAGGACGGUUAAAGUGCACCAAGGAGAUGGGGUUUUUAAACAAACCGAAUGGAAGAACUUGAGAGUAGGGGAUAUAGUUAAGGUUGGGAAAGAUGAAUUCUUUCCUGCAGACUUGCUCCUUCUUUCAUCCAGUUAUGAGGAUGGAAUCUGCUAUGUGGAGACUAUGAACCUCGAUGGAGAGACGAAUCUGAAGCUGAAACAAGGAGUCGAGACAACUUCAGUCCUGCACGAAGAGUCUGAAUUCACCAACUUCAAAUCCAUGAUUAGAUGUGAAGACCCAAAUGCAAAUCUCUACACCUUUGUUGGAACUUUGGAGUAUGAGGAGAACCAAUUCCCACUCACACCUCAGCAGCUGCUUCUGAGAGACUCGAAGCUCAGAAACACAGACUUUAUCUAUGGUGCAGUUGUAUUCACUGGCCAUGAUACAAAGGUAAUGCAGAAUGCUACAGCUCCACCAUCAAAGAGAAGCAAUGUUGAGAAGAAGAUGGACCAAAUCAUCUACUUGUGUUUCGGUAUAGUGUUUUUGAUGGCAUCAGUUGGUUCAAUCUGCUUUGGAAUUUGGACAAGGGAUGACUUGGAAGAUGGAAGAAUGAAGAGGUGGUAUCUUAAACCGAAUGACUCUGAAAUCUUCUUUGAUCCUAGAAAAGCAGUAGUUGCAGCAAUCCUUCACUUCCUGACUGCUGUAAUGCUGUAUAGCUACUUCAUCCCUAUUUCACUCUAUGUCUCCAUAGAAGUAGUGAAAGUUCUUCAGAGCAUCUUCAUCAAUCAAGAUAUCCAUAUGUACUAUGAGGAGGCUGAUAAACCGGCACAUGCACGUACCUCAAAUUUGAACGAGGAACUUGGGCAGGUCGACACCAUACUCUCAGACAAAACCGGGACUCUGACAUGCAAUUCUAUGGAGUUCAUAAAGUUUUCUGUGGCUGGUACUGCUUAUGGCCAUGGUGUAACUGAAGUUGAGAGGGCUAUGGAAAGAAAGACCGGUAGUCCAUUAAGAAUCAAUGGUUUGGAAGGGAAGAAGGAUUCCUCUAGUAAAAGCCCUGUCAAGGGCUUUAACUUUGAAGAUGAACGAAUCAUGGAUGGACAUUGGCUGUACGAGCCUCGUGCUGACAUCAUCCAGAAGUUCUUUCGAUUGCUGGCUGUGUGUCACACGGCCAUACCUGAAAUUGAUGAAGACACCGGGAAUGUUACAUACGAGGCUGAAUCGCCUGAUGAAGCAGCGUUUGUGAUUGCAGCUCGAGAACUGGGUUUUGAAUUCUAUAAAAGGACUCAGACGACCAUCUCAGUGAGGGAGUUGGAUUUGCAGUCAGGAAAGAAAGUUGAGAAAGAGUAUAGCCUUUUGAACGUGUUGGAAUUCAACAGCACAAGAAAGAGAAUGUCUGUUAUAGUAAGGGAUGAGGAUGGAAAGCUACUGUUGCUCUCUAAAGGAGCUGACAGUGUAAUGUUUGAAAGGCUUGCGAAGAGUGGUAAGGAGUUCGAAGGGGAGACUAGGACUCAUGUAAAUCAGUAUGCUGAUGCGGGUCUAAGAACCCUGAUUCUCGCAUACCGUCAGCUUGAUGAUGCUGAAUACUCAAAUUUCAACUCAAAGUUCAACGCUGCAAAAAGUUCGGUUAGUGCAGAUCGGGAUUCAUUGAUUGAGAAAGUGGCAGCUGAUAUGGAGAAGGAUUUGAUACUCCUAGGUGCUACUGCUGUUGAGGACAAACUCCAAAAUGGGGUUCCUGACUGCAUAGACAAGCUUGCCCAAGCAGGAAUUAAGAUAUGGGUUUUGACUGGUGACAAAAUGGAAACUGCCAUCAACAUUGGUUUCGCAUGUAGUUUGCUUAGACAAGGAAUGAAGCAGAUCAUAAUCAACCUCGAGUUACCAGAACUCCAGGCAUUAGAAAUAGCUGGAGAUAAGGCCGCCAUUAAUAAGGUAUCCAAAGCGCAUGUUCUCCGUGAAAUUACUGCAGGCAAAGCGCUAGUGUCAGGUGGAAGCGCUGAUGCCUUUGCUUUGAUAAUUGAUGGGAACUCGCUCACUUACGCUCUGGAAGAUGAUGUUAAGAACUUGUUUCUCGAGCUUGCUGUGAGCUGUGCAUCUGUCAUUUGUUGCCGCUCAUCACCCAAACAGAAAGCACUGGUUACAAGACUGGUGAAAAAUGGAACUGGCAGAACAACAUUAGCAAUCGGUGAUGGUGCCAACGAUGUUGGUAUGCUUCAGGAAGCAGAUAUCGGUGUUGGAAUUAGUGGUGUUGAAGGAAUGCAGGCUGUUAUGUCCAGUGACGUUGCAAUUGCUCAGUUUCGGUACUUGGAACGCUUGCUACUCGUGCAUGGACAUUGGUGUUAUAGAAGGAUAUCAUCAAUGAUUUGCUACUUCUUCUACAAGAAUGUCACAUUCGGCAUCUCCGUGUUCUUGUAUGAGGCAUAUACAUCAUUCUCAGGACAACCUGCCUACAACGAUUGGUUUCUCUCACUAUACAACGUCUUCUUCACAUCACUUCCAGUGAUUGCUUUGGGCGUUUUCGACCAGGAUGUAUCAUCGCGAGAUGCUAUCAAGUUCCCUCUACUAUACCAAGAAGGGGUACAGAAUGUUCUGUUCAGCUGGCGCCGUAUACUCACAUGGAUGAUCAAUGGUGUUUACAGCGCGAUCAUGAUCUUCUUCUUCUGCACAAAGGCAAUGGAUAUUCAAGCAUUCAAUGACGAUGGGAAGACAGCUGGACGAGACAUAUUCGGAGCAACGAUGUACACGUGCAUUGUAUGGACAGUAAACUUACAAAUGGCACUCUUCAUCAACUACUUCACAGUGUUACAACACAUCCUCAUCUGGGGAUCCAUCGCCUUCUGGUACAUCUUCCUCAUGAUCUAUGGCGCGAUGUCCCCUGGAUUCGCCAACAACGCCUACAAGAUCUUUGUCGAAGCCCUCGCCCCUGCAGCUUCCUACUGGCUCAUCACGCUUUUCACUGUGAUCACGACCCUAAUACCGUACUUCUCCUACUCCACGAUUCAAAUGAGGUUCUUCCCUAUGUACCAUCAAAUGAUUCAGUGGAUAAGGCACGAAGGGCAGUCGGAGGACCCAGAGUUCUGUGAUAUGGUCAGGCAGCGGUCGUUGAGGCCACAAACAGUUGGUUUCACUGCCCGUGUGGCAGCACGAUCGAGUCGAUCAAAUAGUAGAGAGGAGAAUCCGUUUCAGUGAUAUCAGUUGGAAGGCAGCUUAGGUGCUGACAUACUGUCAGAUUGUCUCUCCACGUGAUCUCAACCGUUGGACCGAAGCGUGGCUAGAACAAAACAUUCUUUUGACCCCUCUUGUUGCUUUGAUGGCUGGCAAAGAAUCCUUCCCCUGACUGUAUAUGGCCAGCAUGGAGAUCGGGGUGAGGGGACUUUUUCGCUGUUGAAACUUGCUGCCUUCAUGCAUUCGAUCCUUGUUUGUAGGUUAGAAUGGUUUCAAGGGAAUCUGUACAGGAGAAGCAUUCAGAAAUCUGGGAUUGUUGUAGUUGUACUUGUACUAUACACAGUCGAGAUCGAUCAAUCGGGUAGAUGAUGGAUGGGGGGAAUGUAGAGCGAGUUUUCGGGGAAUCUUUUGAGGCUACUGUUACAUAGACAGUACUGGUUUAUCUUCUACCUAUAGCAAUGCUGUAUCAUUUGUAAGGAUGUACAUAGAAUAGAGAGGUUACACUGAAAUUUAUUCAUUAUCCACAUUGUGGUUAUCUACAGAUAAAGUAUGUUUAACCCUUGGUGGGGAGAUUACUUGUUUCUAACGCUAUUGUUCAAGUUCAUAGCUGGUGUUGGGAGGAGAAUUGUGCCUUCUGGAUCUUCUAACGCUCUUCUUAAGGCCCAAGUUCAGGGUUCUGAAGUCAUAGUGUUAUAUCUGAUGGUAUUACAUGUCCUUAUAACUAUGAACCCUUUCUAUUAUUUAAUUGGGUUUGACGAAUUAUGACCCAGUAUAGACAAAAGAGCAAUCAUAACACAAAGAUAUUAUAUUUUCAUGUGGGGUUACAUCAUUAUUUUCGUCAAUUGCAACAACGGCGGGCUUGAUUUAGUAGUAUUACCACUCGUUUUGAAUAUGGAGAUUACAAGUUUUAAUCGUUUAAUAAUAUAUAAUUAUUAUAAAAUAAACCUAUAUCAUCCUUCUGUAACCAAAUAUUGUAAUUUAGAUAGAUUUGGUUAGACUUGAAACAAGCUAUGAUUCUUCCUAAAGCCUAACAUUUUAACAACUCUUUACUUUUUUAUUUGGAAAAAACUUGACUUUCUUCUUGUUGGUUUGACUUAAACUUAAGUCGGAUGCUAUUGGUAGUGUAGACUUGUCUUUUAACUAGAUUGGUUUUGGUGGCAACUUUUCAUUUGGACCCAAAUAGACUAUUUGGAUCUGA